AUGGUGGACAGUGACACGAAUUCCCCUACGUGGAAGUUCACCCAGUGCUUCGGAGACAAGGGCGACGUGGAGGACAUCACUGAAGCUGACAUCAUCUCGACGGUCGAGUUCGAUCACACGGGUAACUACCUAGCGACGGGAGACAAAGGUGGUCGGGUCGUGCUCUUCGAACGGAACGAGACGAAAAAGACAUGCGAGUACAAGUUCCACACGGAGUUUCAGUCCCACGAGCCCGAAUUCGACUACCUGAAGUCUUUGGAAAUCGAGGAAAAGAUCAAUAAGAUCAAGUGGUGCCGCCGACAGAAUGCAUCCCACUACCUGCUCUCAACAAAUGACAAGACGAUCAAGUUAUGGAAGGUCUUUGAGAAGUCGCUCAAGGUCGUGGCUGAGAACAACUUAUCUGACGAUCUGACUCCCGCAAACCUCACCGGUGGAGGAGGCGCUCCGAAACAGUCGCCUGCGCAUCGCUUUAAGAAUGCCGAGGACCUCAUUAUGCCCCGCCUCACCCACCAUGACACCGUUGUCGCCGCCGUGCCCCGCCGGACCUACGCCAAUGCCCAUGCCUACCACAUCAACAGUAUAUCAGUCAAUAGCGAUGGCGAGACAUUUAUCAGCAGCGAUGACCUCCGUAUCAACUUGUGGAACCUCAACAUUCAGGACCAGAGCUUCAACAUUGUCGACAUCAAACCGGCCAACAUGGAGGAGCUGACCGAGGUGAUAACUGCCGCCGAAUUCCACCCUCUGAGCUGCAAUUGGUUCAUGUAUGCCAGCUCCAAAGGCACCAUCAAGCUUGCCGAUAUGCGCCAGAGCGCUCUGUGUGAUAGUCACGCAAAGCUCUUUGAACAAGAAGAAGACCCAUCUUCGAGGUCAUUCUUCUCCGAAAUCAUCUCAUCAAUCUCGGACGUUCGCUUUUCUUACGAUGGCCGCUACAUUCUGUCUCGUGACUAUCUGACGGUGAAGAUUUGGGAUAUCAACAUGGAGCGCCAGCCGGUCAAGACAAUUCCCAUCCACGAACACCUGCGUCCUCGUCUCUGCGACACGUACGAGAACGACAGUAUCUUCGACAAGUUUGAAGUCGUCUUCUCAGGAGACGCCAAGAACGUUAUGACUGGCAGCUACAAUAACAACUUCAUGAUCUACCCGUCGGAUCCGGAGAAAGAAGUUGAGGUGGUGCUACAGGCCGACAAGUCUGCCUUCAAGGCCAAAAAGGUCGGCGUACCCACGCCCAUUAAUUCAUCCACCAGCCCAACCGCAACCAAUGGCGGCAAGAAGGGAGGUUCUCGUGCUGGCAGCCCUGCUGCCGGAGCUGGCGGCCAGGGCCAAAGAAUGCGCAAGGAAACUGAUGCCGACCAGAUUGAUUUCAACAAGAAGAUCCUCCACAUGAGUUGGCAUCCAUUUGAGGAUAGCAUUGCUAUUGCGGCAACGAACAACUUAUUUGUUUUCUCUGCACUAUAA